UGUGAGAUGACGCAGAUGGCGAGCGUCACAUGAAAUGCACCCUGGGAUGUAUAUUGUGACGCAACUUCUCUGAUUGGCUAAUUUGUCUCCUCAGGGCAUAGGUCGCUCUUAACUGAGAGCCUGAACCAAGGUGCACUUCGUAAAAUUCAUUUGUUUUAUUCAUAAUUCGGAGUUAUUUCCCCAGAAGUAUCAAAUGCAAGAGCAGAACAGGCAUAUGAUUUGCUUUCAGGGGUAGUUGAUCGGUAUUUCCAAUCCGGGGAGAAAAUUAAGUAAGCGCAGCCAAUCACGUCAAUCCAAUUCGUUAAAGUUGUGCAUGUUUUUGCGAUUUGUUUGUUGGGAAGCUUAUAAGCAUUAUUUUGUGCCAAUAUGGAAGUAGAUUCCCUUCAAAGCAGUCGUAUUAGAAGGUAAGCACACUUUCCAUUGCAGAAACUUUAUCCUCAGGUUGUACUCUCGGGCUUAUUUUUACAAUGGGUUUGUAGAAAAAUUAAGCAAAUAAGAUCCAAUAUUGAUGAUAGAAUUGUUUGGUUUUGUUUGUUUUGUUAUGCUGGAUUAAAUCAAUUUAUGAGGUGUACAUGAGGCAUUAAAUCAAGCCUUUCUUUAUUGGAAUUUUAAGGUAGUCAACUGCUAAAACAUCCCCUGUUCUUUCCAAAUUAAUGUUGCCAAUGAUCAACUCCCUGAAUUGUACUCCAGUAAUAAAAUUGUACUCCUUUUACCCAAAAUAAUGUAUACAGACUGAAAAUAGCUUGAGUCUCAGAAAGGUCUGAGAGUUAGACUGAAAAGGGCUUUUAAUUUCCGUACCAUACCCAUAUGGCGUAAAGAAGAAAAAAAGCGAUGAAAAAAAUACCUAAUCAGACUAAAAACAUCAACAGAAAAUAAUGAGUUAGUUUUAUUUUUUCAUCAGUAAGCCUUGUGCAUCACCUGAACUUUAUGAUAGUGAGUCAGUCAUGUGAAUCAACUGUGGAUUUGCUUAUGAAGAAGUCCAUAGACCUUUAUCAUAUGACUACCAAGACAAUUUGCAUAAAUUUAACCCCAUAGUGAAAAACUUGAGAACUGAGUUUCAACAUGUAAAAACAAAACUAUUUACCCAGUAUUCUUUCAGUACUUAUUGGCCGCCAUCCAAAGGUCAGGGUCGGCCAGGGGGGGUAGUGGUAUACCAGUAUACCCGAAAAAAUUCGCCAAAAUACCCCCAAAAUACCCAAAAUUCAUCCAAAUAUACCCAAAAUUAAUCGAAGGUAUACUUAAUACCUGAAAUUCAAAGAAAGUGAUAUACCGAAUACCCGUAUUUAAGCUGCAAUAAACCGUAUACCGGAUUUAAAAAGCCCCUGUAUACUGUAUACCCAAAAACCCUGGCUGACCCUGAAAGGUCUACUCACAAAGAGCAUGCUCCCUGAAAUUUUACUCUUGGUUCGAAUUUUGUUUUCUGAAUAACCAAAUAUAAAUGAACAAAUGCAAUAGAGGCGUGGGCGAGUGGUCAGCGCAUCGGACUCGCAAUCCGGCGGUCCCGGGUUCGAGUCCCGCUCUGGCCACUUGCUGGAUUUGUGCUCGGUCGUCCCAAGUUCAAAUUCUCGGCCAUGCUUGUAAAUAGCCAACUGGUUGCCUUCUGCCAGUUGGGGUUUUUAAUCCUGUUAUGUUGUAUUUGAAUUAUUUUGUUUCUAAAUAUUUGAGUGGAGUGCCUGUAAAUUAGCUGACUAGCUAAGUGCACCUUCCACUAUAAACAUGCCUUUAACCUUUUAACCUUUAAUAGAAACAUGUUGACAUGGACAUGAUUUGAAAAAAAAGGGGUUCAUUAUAUUUUAGGCAUAUCUGCUUUUUCCUAAAAAGUCCUGACAAAGCAAGAGUCCCUAAUAACAGGAUCUUCUUAUAGUCAACUAUUUUCCUUGCUAAACAAAAUAGUAAAAUAUCCUGGCUUUUUCCUCCUUAAAUAAAAAAAUUCCUAAUCCUAAAUUUGAUAUGUUAUCUUUACCUUUCAGACUUUUUCAACUGGGAACCUUUGUUGUGUUUGUGUGGUGGGCAGCCAUAGUGAAAUCCAUAAGUGCUGUGUUUACCUGCAUAUUUGGCCCAAAUUACAGGCAAUCUAUGUAUGGAAAGAGAAUAAAAAAGAGCAAGUUUAUACUUGAUGAUAAAAUCACUCUAACUAACCAUGGAUCAUUUGGUACUGUUCCAAAGAAGGUGUUAGAAGCUCGAUGGCAGUUGCAGGUACUGGUUACGUGAAUUCUGGUCAGGACAGCAGCCUGGCAUUUUGAAUACCAUGAAUAAAUGAAUAAGAAAUGUCAACAUUCAUGAAAAGGGAGUCUUGCUCUAAGCCUCUAAAUUAUGUCUUUUUGGCCUUUUUAGACCCAAAGGUUUGAAAUGUAAAAAUAAUCUUGUAAUCAUUUUUAUCACCUUAACACUCUAGUGUAAUGUAGUUUUUAUUGUUAUUAACUGUCAUAACAGUAAAUAACUUUUCUUUCUGAUAUUUUGUUUAUUCAUAAUCUUCAGAACCUCUCUGAAAACCUCUAGUGAUGAGGCCAUCCUAACUUAUUAUUAUUAUUUUUGUUUAUAUUCUUAAACAAUAUUAUUUAAUUGAGGUACCUUUUGCUUUGAUAUCAAAUCCUACCCUUAAACCACAAGCAUAGACAAGUUUAAUAAAGAGAGAAUCUAUCAUUUUAUCUUUUUCCACAGAUCCCUUCAAUAAGAAGAGAAGAACAUGACCCCUGUACAUGAAUUUUAACAAUUUUUUUCCAUGAUUGUUUCAAUAAGGCCAAAAAAUUCAGUCUUCUUGUACACAUAUACAAAAGAAACAUAGUUGAUCAUUGCUAAUGUACACAACUAUCACAGAGAUCAAUUUGGACUGAGUGAUUGAUUGUCCAUUCACUGAUUUGCUGACUCAAUCUGAGUUUCUUAAAAAGUAUCUCCUUUCACACUUUGCCUUUUAAAAGUGAAAAUAUUUGAUUGUAAGUUUAUCUGUUGUUGUUGGUGGUGGUGGCGGUGGUGGUCUUGACUUGUUAGGGAAAGAAUUAAAAUUACCCUUUUUUCUCUUUCUUUUCACACAGGAAGAGAUGGAUAAAUACCCAGAUGUAUGGUUCAGAUACAAAGUACAGAAUAUGUGGAACAAAUCUCUCGAAACCGUGGCCAGGUUUGUAAGAGCUGAUCCUCAAGACCUGGUGUUUGUUGCUAAUGCAACUGCUGGCAUCAAUUCAGUGCUAAAGUGUCUGGAUAUUCAUGAGGGUGAUGGUAUUCUUAUAACUAAUCAAACUUAUGGAGCAGUUCAAAUAACAGCACAAGAUAUUUGCCAAGCAAAAAAAGCCAAGCUUAUUGUGCUUAAUAUCACAUUUCCUACUUCAGACAUGACAUCUUCUGUGAAUUACCAUGCAACUGAGGUUGUUCAACAUUAUGAAAAAGUGUUACAGGAAAAUCCCUCCAUAAAGGUGGCAAUUAUAGAUGCCAUUACCAGUAAUAGUGCGUUAAAGCUCCCUUUUAAGAAGCUAACUGAGGUGUGUCAUAAGUACAAUGUUCUGGCGUUGGUUGAUGGUGCUCAUGCACCCGGACAAAUUCCCCUGGAUCUUGACAGGCUUGGUGCAGAUUUCUUUGUUGGUAAGUUGCCCUGAUAUAAUUGGUGUAUACUUCAACUCUUUAUUCUUUUGCAUCAGUUCUAUAUUCCUUCUACUCAUAUUCUUGUUUGGGUCACCUACUCGGUUAGUUCCACCAAAUAUUUAGGUGUUCCAAACUCUGCACAAUGAACCUUAUACCAUUGAAAUUUUCUUUCCCUUCACAAUCUCUCGAUUUUAUAUUUUAAAGCACUAAUUUGUAUUAAUUAUAAUUAUUCUGUGUGAGAGUGCAAAUAAAAAUUGACUUGACUUGUAAACUGAUUUAGCAACAUGUUUGGGGUUCCUACUAUUCCAAAAUUAUAAUUAUUAAAGGAGGUUCAAAAUAACUUUACGAUGAAAAGGUGGAGCAUGAUCAUCCGAGUGAGCGUAGUCCUGAAUAGGACUGUUGUUGACAGUGACUGACAUUUCAGCAGCCUGUGCGGUAGUCCUUGCCAGAGUCAAAGUGAGUUGUAUUGUCAGUUGUGUAGUGAUUCUGUCGUUGUCAGUUUUGUGUCAGUCCAAGGGUGAGAACUGAUCACAUUUUCUGCAAUGUAUAUGGACUGUAACCUUUUUGUAAUCAUAUCUACCACUAUACAUCAAUGUUGCCUUUUAGUAUACACACUCAGUGAUCUUGGUAAUUCAAGCAAUCUGAUUGGUUAGCUAUCUCAGACUAUGACGUUAUAUUCACCAUGCUAUUAAACCGCUGCUGCUUAAGCUUACAAAACUCAAUACAAAAAGAUUAAAACCAUCUAACUUUUGCGCAUCCACUGUUUACAGCUUCGUGUUCAUGCAUGAAUUCACCCGUCAAUCAAAGUAAUUGUUUUUUAAUGGUUACCUUUCUGAUUCUAUUGAGAUCACUUCGUGUGAAUAUACUAAAACAAUUAUUCACCUCAGGCGAAUUUAAUAUUGUGGAAUAAUAUUAACUUCGUCUUCGGCGAAUAAUUGUUAAAUAUAAUUUAACAAAGUGCUAUAAACUGAAGGAAUAAAAGUGUAUGUAAAACUCUCAUUGCCUGCCUCCUAGGAAAUCUUCACAAAUGGCUUUUUGCACCUCGUGGAUGUGCUAUUCUCUGGAUCAGCCCCAAGUUUCAUGAUAUCAUCCUACCACAGGUUGUCUCGUGGAAUCACGAUAAAAGCCUUCAGGACAGAUUUUUCAUACAAGGCACAAUGGACCAUACCUCUUACAUUGCGAGCGAGACUGCCAUCAAGUUUUAUAAUGAUAUAGGAGGAAUGGUGGGUGCUUUUGAUUACUCAGGGUAAACUAAGUCAUACCCGAGCCAUGAUUGCGUCAGUGACCCAUACCUUAAGACUAUUGCAGCAGCUCAUCCCAAAGGUUUGAAUCAAACUCAAGCCUGUAUUGGCUUGUGAUCUGUCCACAGAUGUUUUUUCUUUUUAUUAUUUUUUUCCAGGAGUUCAGUGAACUGUCUUUAAAGAAAAGCUAAGCCUGUGAGCAGGCUUUAAAGCCUGAUUUGUUCAGGCAGGUUUUUCUGAUUCUUUUCUAUUCUCUGAGUGGACAAUGUAAGUGAGAAAGUUUACAGCAUAAAAUGACCUUUAUAACAAUCUGUUAAAUUUAUACAGUGACAAUAUUUUUUUCUCUAUAAAUGGUUCUUAUUUGAUUAUACUUUCAGUCUGAAAGUUGGUUCUGAGAAACCUCGGGUCACUGUAUUUUUGUUGUAUUAUUUAAAACUGAACUUGAAAUUUAUUGUAUUAUCAGUUAAUUGGGCAGGCUUAACUCCAACAGACCACUGCAGGAAGAAAUAGAUAAACAUCGCAAAUCAUGUGGGAAAGCAAUGCUCGUAGUGAUUAUAUACCCAUAUGAUCUAGCACUAUGCCCUUAAAGAAACCUUUGAUCCUAAGGCCCCUUAAAUACUUCCUAACAUAAUAAGAACCUUUGAUGUAGUGUUAACUCUCAGUUUACCUGUAUCUUGACUGUACAGAUUUAGUACGUUUUCAUUGAAUAGAGGGUAUCAGGGCUGUGUUGUUGCCUUACUUUUGCUCUUGGAUCGGGCUAGGAAAUCUUAAUUUUUGCCUCCAUAUCAUUUACUGGGCACCCUGGAUUUCGUAGGCUCAGAGAAUGGGGCUCCCUAGGAUUUUUCCCAGAGCACAGCGUUGAAAAUAAUAGAAUGAAUCCUUUUCACUGGGCCAUACUGGAAAGAACUGUAACUAUUUUACUGGGAGUAUCUGAAUUAAUGCAUCUAUGGCAAAACAAAAGUUUGAGCCUUAAAAUGUUUUGUUAUCAUUAGAGUUCCAUAACAAAGUACAACAGUCAGCUUGCAUCUUGGGCAGCGAUGUUGUUAGCAGAAGACUGGGACACAGAAGUACUUCCUGUUCCAGAAUCCAUGCGAGCCCCUUGCAUGGCUGUUGUACGUCUUCCUGAUACAUUGUCAGCAGCUUAUGGAUCGACGUCUGAAGGAGCCAAGCAGAUGAUGUCUGAUGUCUACACAAAAUACAAAGUUGUUGCUUGUUUUGUGUGCGUACAAGCAUCACUGUGGUGUCGAGUGUCUGCUCAGGUUUACAAUGCCAAAGAAGACUACAUGCUGCUUGCUGAAGUGGUCCUAAAGCUGAUGGAAGAAUGUGCAAAUGGUUUUUGUCCAAAGGUAGAGAAAGCUGCCGAACCUAACAGAUGGUCGUGGUAUGAAGAGCCACGUUAACAAAGAACAAAACAUGAAAUAACAUAAACAAUGAUGGGGAUAUUAGCCAGCAGAACAGGCGAUAUUUUUUGUGAUUUUCUGGCAAACGAAAAAACGAAGAGGGCGUAGGGCGCAAGACACGCGCGACGAGGGAAUGCGCGGAAAAAGACUGUUUUUGCGCCUUCCCCCGUCGGGCACCGUGACUAGUGCUCCUGGCUCUCUUCGCCCUUGUCUUCGCUCGUCUGAAAAACGCCGUAGAAAUACGCCCGUUCGGCUGGAUAUUAUGACAUUCUUAUAAUAUCAAUGGUGUGGUGAGAUGUUUUAAGUAAAUAAUAGGUAUAUAAUACCCUUUGCACUGUUCAACAACAUCUUGAUAAUUAUGGUAAGAUAAAACCGUGAAUCACAAGUUGAAUUUAAAGUAAACCGGACACUGAUUUUAGCUAGCCUGAACUUCAUCCGAUUACUUCGAGUCGUUAAUACUCCCUCAGAGGAGAAAACGACUUGAAGCAAUCGGAUGAAAUUCAGGCUAGAUUUCAGCUACCUGUACAGUACUGUAAAGUUUUAAGGGUUUUUUUAUUAAUAGUUUUUGCUAACAAUAUCGUUUAAUCUCUUUUAUCCAUAGACUUGCACUAAGUCGACCUGUUUUUAGUUAUAAACGGGGGAAAAGAUUGUUAAUAACCUCAAAGGAAGUGAAACGAGCUUUAGUGAGGUCGCGAAAGGUCAUACUUGACAAAAUAAAACUGCGCAACUGCUUUAAGACUUUGUGAAAGUCUGUUACUCUUUCUAUACACGGCUCGUAAAGUGCCAACUAUAUCUUCAUCGUGUUUAAAUAAAGGUUUUGUACGGUAU